CAGGUAGGCCUGGGCGCGCGAUGGGGCGCGGGAGUCCAUCCGGCGGGCAGCGCGCGGCGAGUGGACGCGCACGGCUGGCGGAACGCAGGCAGCGCCGAGGGCAGCCAGGCGAACGCUGGGGCUUCGGCGGGGCCUGUCGGAGGCGGGGCAGGAAGGCCCGUGCAGCGCCUUAGCCUCGCCGGGCGUGGGGAGGGGGCUCGGCCCGCGGUCCCCGCUGGGGGUGCCCCCCCACCCCAGGCCGCUUCAGAGGACACGUGUCAGUACGUUGUCGUCUCACCCCAUGUCAUAGCCCCUCCCCCAGGCCUGGAAUCCCCCGUCCGUCAGGCUCCAUUAUCCCCAGGCCCAACCCCCCGCUGACCCGCGCGCGGUCCCAGCCGGAUCCCUCUCCUCCCUGGCCCGUCUCCCUGGGCGGCGAGCGGCCCGGCCCCCGCAGAAGACACUCGUCAGCACGUUCUUACCCCUGUCAUCUCAUCCCUCUGCCUAACUCACCCCAGGCCUAGGGACUCCGGCCCAUUGUCCCCGGACCCAGCCCCUCGCUGACCGCAGGCUCGGCCCUAGCCCCCGCCCGGCGCGUCCCCCCCGGCAACGCGCCGCGACCCGGGAUGCAGCCCGCAAGCUGGGCGACCGUCAGGGAGGCGGCGGGCCGUGACGUGCUGGCCGCCGACCUCCGCUGCAGCUUCUUCGCCUCGGCCCUGCAGAGCUACAAGCGCGACUCGGUACUGCGGCCCUUCCCCGCAUCCUAUGCCCGCCACGACUGCAAGGACUUUGAGGCCCUGCUUGCAGAUGCCGGUAAGCUACCCAACCUGAAAGAACUUCUCCAGUCCUCAGGAGACAAAGACACAUGGGCCUGGGACCUGGUGAACUGGAUUUUAUCCUCAAAGGUCCUGACAAUCCACAGUGCAGGAAAGUCAGAGUUUGAAAAGAUCCAAAAGCUGACUGGUGCCCCUCACACGCCUGUCCCCGUGCCGGACUUCCUGUUUGAAAUUGAGUACUCCGACCCAGCCAACGCCAAAUUUUAUGAGACCAAAGGAGAACGAGACCUAAUCUACGCCUUCCAUGGGAGCCGCCUAGAAAACUUCCAUUCCAUCAUCCACAAUGGCCUGCACUGCCACCUGAACAAGACAUCCUUGUUCGGGGAAGGGACCUACCUCACCAGUGACUUGAGCCUGGCUCUCAUUUAUAGCCCCCAUGGCCAUGGGUGGCAGCGCAGCCUCCUGGGCCCCAUCCUUAGCUGUGUGGCCGUGUGCGAGGUCAUUGACCAUCCAGACGUCAAGUGCCAAACGAAGAAGAAGGAUUCCAAGGAGAUAGAUCGCAGGAGAGCGAGGAUCAAGCACAGUGAAGGGGGAGACAUCCCUCCAAAGUACUUUGUGGUCACCAAUAACCAGCUCCUGCGAGUGAAGUACCUGCUGGUGUACUCACAGAAGCAGCCCAAGAGGGCUUCAAGCCAGCUCUCCUGGGUUUCCAGCCAUUGGUUUACGGUCAUGAUAACCCUGUAUCUGCUGCUGCUGCUCAUAGUGAGUGUCAUCAACUCCUCAGCUUUCCAACACUUUUGGAAUCGCGUGAAGAGAUGAUCUUUCUGGGCCUGGUGUGGGGACCACCGCAACCAUGUGCCUUAUGAUAACUUGUUCUGUCCCUCCUGGGCCUCACAUCCAGCCAGGUCAAGCCUGGGGGCCAGUUGGGGACCACAGGACAAUUUUUAUAUGCCAUAAAUGUAUCAAUUGCCUUUGAUGAUGCUCUCAGCCACACUAGUCAACGGAGGCUACUGGCCCCUCACUCUUAGGUUUUGGGGGAGAUUUCCUGUCUGCGCCUUCCUAAAUAGUCUUAGGGAGUUGGCUUUUUUGCCAGGGCCAAAGGAGAAAGUCCUGCUGCAUUUAAAAACAAAGUGUCCAAGCUGUCAGUGGGGUGUUUACAAUUGCUUCUGGCGGACUUUGGCCCUUCUCUAACGCCUUCUGGAAGGCGGAAAUGUGUAGUAGGGACUAUAAAUCACUAGGCGUUUGCCUUGUUUUGACUUGAGAUACCCUAGAGGAACAGUCAUGUUUCCCAUAAAAAUCGGUGGGAUUGUUUUGAAUUCCAUCAGCCUUUGUAUGUGAGUGCAAAACACUUCCACAGUUUUCUCACAUCAACAGAUAGCCUUCUGCUACAGCUGUAACCCCUCCGCCCCAACCAUGGAUGAGAAAGGAAGGAGUCAGAGAACUGAUAGAAAACAAAGAGCAACUCAAGUCAUCUUUUUCUAAAAAUUACCAACUGCUGAUUACAGCUGAAAUGGAACCAAGUGUUUGUUUUCUGAUUUUUUUUUUUUUUAAAAGUAGCUAUUUGACAAAUUCGUCUUUGUGAGCUGAGUAAAAGGGGAAAUUUCUAAACCUAGAGCACCAUUUGGCCAGUGUCCCCAGCCUCUUUCCUGGCCGUGUUUUAGAGAGAAGGAUUUGAGCUGCAGGCCUGCCUCCUGCUCUCCUUCUCACGAACCUGCCUUGAUUGUGGCCUGUUAGCCACAAGUGCCACGGUGCAGGCCUUCUGUGGGCGGCUCGCCUUUGAGAUAGAGGCCUGCCUCGGUGUGCCACAGAUGUGUGUGGGCUGAGCCUCCCUCACAGGGCCCGCAAGUCUCUGGGACUCAGCCUGGGCUUUAAACGUUCAGGAAAAGCCUCAGGCUGCUCAGAGAGCCCUGGUUCUACCUGCUGUAUUCUCUGCCCCUCCUUCCUGCCCCGUGUCAGCUGUCAUGGAGCCCUAUCUGAUUUAGGGGGGAGAUUUCUGUAAAGAAUGUGGAAAUUCACUUUUCUAUAAUUUGUGAGGUUGUGAAAAAGCCACUAUCAUGGUUUUUACAUUGAAUAUUGGAGCACUUCAGAAAUAAUAAAGGUAUUUUCCUAAUUU